CUGGAAAAAAAUUUUCGGACGAAAAAAGUUUGUUACCUUGCAACUUUGGAAGCAUCAAUGGUUCCAAAUAUCUCCAAUCGCUAUUCUUAAUCAACUGCUGCCACAUACAGAGUAUAUCUCGCUCCAGCCAUCCAUGGUAGUCCCGUCAUCAUCGCCAUGGAAAUCCUUAGCUCCCUUUCCCUUACCAGCUCCCCGAUCCCUCCCAAACUCCGCUAUAUCCCGACUCCAUUUUCAGUGUCUCGCCUCAAUCGCUCGAGAAGCUCCCGAUCCCUGACUCGCUGCUUCCAUAACCCUGCCGUUGCCACCAAGUUCACCCGAAUCAAAGUCGGCGAGGAUUUUCCCGCCGAGUACGGUGAGUGGUUUCCUGAGGUCGAUCCCGGCCGCCGUAGGAGAGCCGGAGUUUUGCUCCACCCGACCUCGUUACGCGGCCCUUAUGGCAUUGGAGACCUUGGCAGGGAGGCAUUCAACUUCAUUGACUGGCUGCAUUUGGCUGGUUGCUCUGUUUGGCAGGUUCUUCCACUUGUUCCUCCUGAUGAUGAAGGAUCGCCAUACUCGGGGCAGGAUGCAAAUUGUGGUAACACCCUUUUGAUUUCUCUCGAAGAGCUCGUUAGUGAUGGUCUGCUAACAACAGAUGAGCUUCCACACCCAAUUGAUGCUAAUAGCGUGAAUUACUCCGUUGUUGCCAACAUAAAGGACUCCUUAAUAACUAAGGCAGCAGAAAGGCUCCUCUCAAGUGACGGUGAACUCAAGGUUCAGCUUGAAGCUUUUCGUAGAGAUCCUGGUAUAUCAAGCUGGCUUGAAGAUUCAGCUUAUUUUGCUGCUAUCGAUGAUAGCUUGCGCACAGUCAGUUGGUUUGAAUGGCCCGAUCCUUUAAAAAACCGACAUCUUGCGGCCUUGGAAGAAAUCUACCAAAGCAAAAAGCAUUUUAUAGAUGUAUUCAUUACUAAACAGUUCCUGUUCCAAAGGCAGUGGAAAAAGGUUCAUCAAUAUGCCCAGAUAAAAGGUGUCAGCAUCAUGGGAGAUAUGCCUAUUUAUGUGGGCUAUCACAGUGCUGAUGUCUGGGCAAACAAGAAAUAUUUUUUACUGAACAGACGUGGUUUCCCUCGCUUAGUUAGUGGGGUCCCUCCUGAUGCCUUCAGUGAAACUGGUCAACUGUGGGGCAGCCCUCUGUAUGAUUGGAAAGCUAUGGACAAAGACGGAUAUUCGUGGUGGCUUCGCCGCAUCAGACGAGCACAAAAUCUUUAUGAUGAAUUCAGGAUAGACCAUUUUAGAGGAUUUGCUGGCUAUUGGGCUGUUCCUUCUGAUGCAAAAGUGGCAAUGGUUGGAAGUUGGAAGGUGGGACCUCGAACUUCCUUAUUCGAAGCUAUCUCGAGAACUGUUGGAAAGAUCAACAUAGUAGCAGAAGAUCUGGGAGUCAUAACAGAGGAUGUGGUUCAGCUCAGGAAAUAUAUUGGAGCACCUGGAAUGGCUGUCCUCCAAUUUGGUUUUGGAAGUAAUGCUGAGAACCCUCAUUUGCCUCACAAUCAUGAGUGCAAUCAAGUUGUGUACACUGGAACUCAUGAUAAUGACACGAUACUAGGUUGGUGGAGUAACUUAGAAGAAUGGGAGAAGACCAAUGUACGGAAAUAUCUUUCUACUGCUGAAGGGCAUGACGAGAUUUCAUGGUCACUUAUCCAAGCUGCACUCAGUUCAGUGGCUCAAACCACGAUCAUAACCAUGCAGGACGUACUUGGUCUGGGUAGUUCUGCCAGGAUGAACAUUCCUGCUACAGAGACUGGAAAUUGGAGGUGGAGGAUACCCAGUUCAACGAGUUUUGAUAUUUUGGAAACAGAAGCUAUGCGAUUGAAGGAUAUGAUUUCCAUGUAUGGACGCCUGUAGUUCGGAAGGGUAAGAAGUCAUAGCCACCAACCACUCCGCUUAUUUUGCAUAUACUCGAUGUGUGUUAUAACAACCCUGAAGAGCUAGCUCUAAACAACUCCUUCAGUAAUGCACUUCAAAAUUGAGAUGUUCUAGUUUGAUUAUCGGUGCUGGAAUAAAAAGAAAUUUAAUCGUUCUGUUUCUGGAGAAAUGAUUGGUGCUUGGUUUGACAUUGCUCUCAUCUUCCAGUCCCAAAAUAGUUCGACUUAUCGAUUCAAACCUUAUGCACAUCUCCUGAGUUGAGGUGUCUU